GAGUGCUCCUGCUCCGCGUUCUGCUGGCAGCAGCGUGUAACCCAGGUGAAGGCAGAGAAGGGAGGGUUGUUUUUAUGAAUGGGACUCUUUGAGGUUAAUUAGGCUGAUUGGAGUCCAGAUCCCGAGGAAAUCUCCAGAUCAAAUGCCCAGUAAAUAAAAACACUGAGCUAAGACUCGUGGAAGAGCUGCAGAAUGGAUGGAUUUUAUGACCAGCAAGUGCCUUACAUGGUCACCAAUAAUCCGCGUGGGAGAAACUGUAAUGAGAGACCGACAAAUGUCAGGAAAAGAAAAUUCAUUAACAGAGACCUGGCUCAUGAUUCAGAAGAACUCUUUCAAGAUCUGAGCCAAUUACAGGAGACAUGGCUUGCAGAAGCUCAGGUACCUGACAAUGACGAGCAGUUUGUGCCAGACUAUCAGGCAGAAAGUUUGGCUUUUCAUGGUCUCCCUGUGAAAAUCAAGAAGGAACCCCAUAGCCCAUGUUCGGAACUUGGCUCCGCUUGCAGUCAAGAGCAACCAUUCAAGUUCAGUUAUGGGGAAAAGUGCCUGUACAAUGUCAGUGCCUAUGAUCAGAAGCCACAAGUGGGAAUGAGGCCCUCCAACCCGCCGACGCCAUCCAGCACUCCCGUGUCACCGCUGCACCAUGCUUCCCCAAACUCCGCUCAGACUCCUAAACCUGACCGCGUUUUCCCUGCCCACCUCCCUCCAUCCCAGUCCAUUCAAGACAACAGCUUCCCUAUGGAUCACAGAUUUCGCCGCCAGCUCUCUGAACCUUGCAAUUCUUUCCCACCUUUGCCUGCAAUGCCAAGGGAAGGACGCCCAAUAUAUCAGCGCCAGAUGUCUGAACCAAACAUCCCUUUCCCGCCUCAAGGAUUUAAGCAGGAGUACCACGAUCCAGUUUAUGAACACAAUGCUAUGGUUGGCAGCGCAGCCAGUCAAAAUUUCCCCCCUCCUCUGAUGAUUAAACAGGAACCUAGGGAUUUUGCAUAUGAUUCAGAAGUGCCUAGCUGCCAUUCCAUUUACAUGAGGCAAGAAGGCUUCCUGGCUCACCCAAACAGAACAGAAGGCUGUAUGUAUGAGAAGGGACCUAGGCAGUUUUAUGAUGACACUUGCGUUGUUCCAGAGAAGUUUGACGGUGAUGUCAAGCAGGAGCCAGGCAUGUACCGCGAAGGACCCACGUAUCAGCGGCGAGGCUCGCUUCAGCUCUGGCAGUUCUUGGUAGCUCUUCUUGACGACCCAUCCAACUCUCACUUCAUAGCAUGGACUGGCCGAGGCAUGGAGUUCAAGCUGAUUGAGCCAGAGGAGGUGGCACGUCGCUGGGGGAUUCAGAAAAACAGGCCAGCUAUGAACUAUGAUAAACUUAGCCGAUCUCUUCGCUAUUAUUAUGAAAAGGGAAUAAUGCAAAAGGUGGCUGGAGAAAGAUACGUCUACAAGUUUGUUUGUGACCCCGAAGCGCUUUUCUCCAUGGCUUUUCCCGACAACCAGCGCCCCUUACUGAAGACUGACAUGGAGCGCCACAUCAAUGAGGAGGACACUGUGCCUCUGUCCCACUUUGAUGAGAGCAUGGUCUACAUGCAGGACGGAGGCUGCUGCAACACCCACCCCUACAACGAAGGCUAUGUCUAUUAACAACAGUGACACUGAAGGGGUGUUUCUCCCUCCCUUAAGCUUCUCCUCUUUCCCAAGACCCAGAGGAAAGCUGAAUCGACUUCAGUUUGUUUUUUAAAUAGUACACUAAAAGGGGCUUUUCCUGUUGCAUUACUCCUAUGGUCUGCCAUGGACAGCGCACUUUAUUUGAAAGGGGAGGGUUGGAACCUAAAUGUUAUUCUGUGUAAAAGGAGGAAAAGGGUGGGUUUGCUUUUUACUUAAGUUUGGGAAGGGAACAUGCAGGUUUUAAGUACAAAAAAAAGGCUAUAUCAUGUCUGUUUUGUUUCAUAUCAGCAUAAGAUAUUGUACAUUUUCUCUGGGUAUCCGUAGUACAGUUAAUUCUCAUUGUGCAAAAUAACCACUUUUGAUGAUGAUAUCAGCACAGCAUGCCUAGGGCAUUUGUUUCUUGCCAUUCUUAAUUGUCUUUCUGCAGUUAUAAAAGAGAAGCAAAGCAUACACCACAGCAUUUAAUUUAGAAGUUUCCAGUGGCAGAACUUGUAGCUUGCCUCUGAGAACAAUCAGAUAAUUUUCCUAAGGUGAUUUUUUUGUUUCUUGUUUGUUUGGUUUUGUUUUUUUUUGUUUAUGACCUAAAAAAAAAAAUUCAGAAAAUCUUAUUUAAUGACAGACUGGCCAUAAGUAUAGUGACCAAGCAGUGAAAUCCCUGACUUCAGUCUGCAAGCUGCAUGCUGUAUCCGGUGCCACAUUGCUAUACAUAUAUGGCCCAUGUACUAUGGCGUUGAUUUUUCAAGAUCCAUUUGAGGGUUGUAAUUACAUGGAGUAGGCUUUCUGAUGAUCAUGUCAGCAUUAAAUACAGGAUCAUGAUCAGGAGGGAGAAAACAUUUUGUAUCCUUCCAUUUCCUUUGGUACAUAAAUAAGUUAUUUAAUCAAUAGGAAUUAACUGUACUAAGUCACAUAUCUAAUUAUGCUGUUUAGACACAGCAAGCACUCCUUGAGAAAAAUAUCCAAUACACUAAAUAGGUACUUUAGUAAUUUUUAGACACGGUACCCAUUAAUAUGCAUUUAAACCUUUUACUGCUGUGUUAUGUUGAUAACAUAUAUAAAUACUAGAUAAUGCUAAUGCUUCUGCUGCUGUCUUUUUCUGUAAUAUUCUCUUUGAUGCUGAAUUUACUAUGACCAUUUAUAAGCAAUGCUGUAACUACAGGUAGCAUUUCAGGACAAAAUAGAUGACUUGAACCAUUUAUUGCUUAGAAAAUAGCUUACGCCAUAGCUGUGCUAUAAGCAGCUUUUAUGCGCAUCCACAAAUGACUAGUAAGCUUCAGCUUGCUAAGGAAAGCUCUGCAGAACCUUUUGUAAUUUUCGGUGGAACAGAGAUGAACUGUCAAAGAAUACCAUGAAGUUGCUGUAUGACGUUGUAGUGCUGGCACUGGUGUUACCAAUCAACUUGUUUUGGACACUAAAUGUAAAUGUGAUCAGAUAUGCUCGGAAGACAAUUUAAAUUUU